AUGUCCCUGCCAUCCAGAGCCAAUUUCGGAUUACUCAACUGGCUCAUCGGCUGGCUGCUGCUGCUGUCGAUGGUUUUGUUCAGAGGCUACAGCGCCGCGUUGGCCCCCACGCCGCCCACCACGUCGACAACUACCAUCUCGCCCUCCAAUCUGCUGCCCUACUUCGACUUUGAUGUGCCGCGCAACUUGACCGUAACCGUUGGCCAGACCGGCUUCCUCCACUGCCGCGUGGAGCGGCUCGGCGAUAAGGACGUCUCCUGGAUACGCAAACGUGAUCUGCAUAUACUCACCGCCGGUGGCACAACCUACACAUCCGAUCAGCGUUUUCAGGUUCUGCGACCCGAUGGCUCCGCCAAUUGGACACUGCAAAUCAAGUAUCCGCAGCCACGUGACUCCGGCGUCUACGAGUGCCAAAUCAACACGGAGCCCAAGAUGUCCCUGUCGUACACCUUCAACGUUGUGGAACUCAAAGCGGAAAUCUUCGGGCCCAGCGAUCUGAUGGUUAAGACCGGCAGUGACAUAAACCUAACAUGUAAAAUUAUGCAAGGACCCCACGAGCUGGGCAACAUAUUCUGGUACAAAGGCAGCGAAAUGCUCGAUGGCAAGAGCGAGAAUGAAAUCGACAGCUCCCUGGCCCGGAUUCGCGUCGAGGAUGAUUGGACUGACGGCCUGACUUCCAGAUUAAAAAUCAAGCGCGCCAUGCCCGGCGAUACCGGCAACUACACCUGUGUGCCGACGGUGGCAAAAACCUCGAGCGUCUAUGUGCACGUAAUUAUUGGCGAACAUCCUGCGGCCAUGCAACACAAUUCGAGUAGCAAUAGCAACAGCUUCUACUGCGGCAUCUGCUGCAUGCUGCUGAGCAUUGUGUCCUGCUGCCUACAGCACUUUUAUGAAACGGGGUGUGGAUAUCUUCAUGCCACGGCAGCGGUGGCAAAAUCCGCGGGAAUGGGGCCCCCGAAGCGAGGAACGCUAACGACCAGCGAAAUAGGAAUAAAUGCAGCAAAAGCUGCAGCAGCAGCAUCAGCAGCCUCAGCAGCAGCCGCAUCUGCAGCAGCAGCAGCAUCCACAUUAGCAACGUGCAACAUGUUGAGAGAACGCCCAGCGGCAAUUCGGUGUCUGAGAUGAAGGAAUAAUCAACACGCAGCGAAACACUAAAAAGGCAAAAACACAAUUACUCACACACACAACAUUGACACACAUAUUCAAGGUGAUUUAAGUUUUCUAUGUAUCGCAUGGGGGGCUCAACCAUAAGUAUUAUAUUUACGUACUUGUAAGGAUUGCACUUAGUGGAAAAGCAAACAUAUUAUCUGAUAAGCGAACCAGUAUAUAACAACGUUAUAUCACAAAGAGUGACAGCUAAUCCCUGGAAAACUGAGAAAACCUAUGCAUUUUCGUGGGGAAUCAUACUCUACGUGAUCUCCGACUUAGAGGAACAAAGGCUACUUAAUUUACAUUGUUUUGAAUUGGUCCAUUAACCAAUCGAAUAAAAGGACGCCCCAAAAUCACAUAUUAUUACCAAACUUGUUUGACUCCUGGACUGCCUUACAAUGUCUAGAGAAAUGGGUGAAAAACGAUUGAUCAAAACCAAACAUCCGUCUUCUAACCAUAUUCAAGUGUAAGUUGUCUGUAAAACUCAUUCCUGCUACCCAAUAUUGACUGCACACCCAUAGCAAAACCCUACACACCUCUUCAUUAUGAAAUAAGACUUACUAGCUAUAAAUACCCCGAACAGUCGGAUUAUCGACCAGAGAGCCAGUACUUUGGAAUCACAAUAACCCCACUUCUAUGCAAUCUUUUACUGCCAACUAACUCGCACUCCACAGUAGCCCAUUGCAUCAAGUUGUUCGAUGGAAAUUUGCUGUAAAUAAUUGCCAUUCAGGAGAAAUUUACUCAAGAGUACUUGGAGCCAUGUGUAAGCCCAGCCAAUUGAGAACAAAAGAUCGUUCUGUGUUCUAUUGCUUUGCACAUUUAUCAGUUUUAGUUAUUAGCUAUGUUUAAGUACGAUAAUGGAUGUAUGUAUAGCCGAUAAGCGGAUAAAUUACGGGAGCGGAUGCUGAAUUUCAUCCAUCAGUUCUCAAAAGUUGGGGAUUAACCUAUUUGUGUCUGACCCAAUUGUGGGUGAAGCUCGUUUAAUUGUACAUAAUUAGUUUUGGCUAGAAACAAACAAACGAAAGAAACAAAUAUAAAUGAGGG